CUAUAUAUAUAUAUCUCAGUUGGGUAACCCCUUUAUUUAGUAUUGGAAAUAAGCGGAGGCUAGAAGAAGAUGACAUGUACCAAGUGCUUCCUGAUGAUGCUUCUCAGGGCCUGGGAGAGGAACUACAGAGGCAUUGGGAUAAGGAGGUUCGAAUGGCUGCCAAGGAGCUGCGGAUGCCCAAACUCACCAAAGCCAUUGUGAAGUGCUAUGGGAAACCCUACGCAGUGCUGGGGAUCUUUAGUUUCACCGUUGAGGUGAUUAAGGUGAUCCAGCCAGUGUUCUUGGGAAAGCUGAUCCAGUACUUUGAGAAGUACGAUCCUGAUGAUAUGGACGCACUGUAUGAGGCCUUUGGCUACGCUGCUGGUAUCUCUCUGUCCACCGUUGCACUGACCGUCCUCCAAAUGCAUUAUUACUACCACGUCCAGAGGACCGGCAUGAAGAUACGAGUGGCCAUGUGUCACAUGAUCUACAAGAAGGCCCUGUGUCUCAGCAGCGCGGCGAUGGGAAAAACAACCACAGGACAAAUGGUGAACCUGCUAUCCAACGAUGUCAACAAGUUUGAUGAGGUGACCAACAAUCUGCACUACCUCUGGAUAGCACCUCUGCAGGCUGUGGUGGUUAUCAUACUCCUGUGGUAUGAGAUUGGCCUGUCGUGCCUGGCAGGCGUGGCUGUCCUUUUGUUCCUCCUGCCACUACAGACCAUGUUUGGAAAGCUCUUCGGCUCCCUCAGGAGUAAAACCGCUGCCUUGACUGACAAUAGGAUACGCACCAUGAAUGAAGUGGUGUCUGGAAUCAGGAUCAUCAAAAUGUAUGCCUGGGAGAAGCCCUUCUCAGCACUGGUCAAUGAUGUCAGAAGCAGAAGCAGCCGCACCACCUAUCCCAUCGAUGGAGGAGAGGGUCCUCCAUCACACCAGCAUUCUCCACCAAAUAGGAUCGGUGAAGGAUCUGAUGAUGGAGAGGAUAGGCCGAUGGGAGAGGAGUGGCCUUCCUACCUCAUCUCCAGCACCCCCUCACCAGCACCUCCUACCCCUGCUACAGCAUCCGACUCUGGGGCUCUGCGACUGGCGCUCUCUAGGGAGUAUGAUGGGACGGCGGCUGGGUUAUGGGAGGUGGACGCGGAGAUAGAGAGGGCAUCACGGUUAGAGCCGGCUCCCCCUCAGUGUCCAGCAGGGGCUCAGUAA